UGACUCUAUGAGCAUCUGGUAUUGUUGAGAAAGGCACGGAGAAGAUGUGCAUUUUGAAGUACUAACAAAAGGAAAGACUUACUCUUUUAAUUUCAUUACUUAAUGCUAUAUUACUUGCCUAUCAAGUGAUUUUAGAGUUCUUCGCGGCAUUGUGACGAGAAUUCUCGAGAAGGUAUCUGUUGUUCUGGAGGGGAUAUAGAUAAGAACUUGUUUUAUACGUCAGCUUGGACCGUAGUUAGUCUGGUGAUAAAAAGCAAUGGAUCGCAGUCGACCUUAGUCAUUCGACGAAAAGACUCGAGGACAGCAGGUCUAUAGUUCGUCACUGAAAUUGGAAAAUUUAUCUUUCGUAUUCGUCGAGAGAGCUGUUAAGAUUCUUGAUUAUAUCGAUAAUAAUCAGCAAUUAUGUGUAAAUUAAGUUCAGGAGCAUUGGAUCAAAUCAUGAAUGGCCGAAACAUCAAGGAACCGAUACUUCAAUUAUUGAGUUACAGAAAGCUGCCCGGUGCUACCUUCGAUUGGUACAGAUUGGUCGUGUCCGAUGGAUUGAGAAUAAAUCAAUACGCGAUGUUAUCCACUGAGUUAAAUCGCUUAUUCGAAAACGGUACUUUGACAAAUUAUGCAGUUUUCAAAGUAUCAGAUUAUAAAGUGAGCUCGACAAUCGACGAAAAGCAAACGUUAAUAAUAAUGGGUGUACAAGUGUUAAUUCCUGGCAAUGAUGUUCCGGAUAUAAUAGGAAGUCCGACUGCAAAAGUUACAAACAAAUUCGAGCCUGAAACGAGCAAGCCUCACUCAUCCACUGUUGUGCAUCACGAGGUAGUGGAAGAUAACAUGCAACCGAGUACUAUUUCGAGAGAUACAAAUAAUUCCUCUCGUCAAGAAUUCGGAGUUCCGAUAAUAACAUUAAGCCCUAAACACAGGCAGGCAAUCAAAGCUCGCGUGACCAAUAAAUCUUCGAUUAAAGAAUGGAAAAACAAGAAAGGCAAACUGUUCUCCAUGCACCUGCAUGACAAUAGCGACGAAAUUAAGUGCGUUGCAUUCAACGAUAAAUUAUACAACAAUGUAGAGAAUAACAAGGUAUACCAUAUCUCGAAUUAUGAGCUGAAAGAUUCGGACCGACGGUACAACAAGUUGAAAAACCAAUACGAAAUAAUAAUCACCGACGAUACGAGAAUUAAAGAAAGUCACGACGAUGCGGACAUUCCGUCAAUACACUUCGACUUUUGUCCCAUCAGUCAAGUGGAAAAUAAGCAGAUAUAUGAUACGAUCGAUGUCUUGGGCGUCGUUGUAAAGUCCAACCUGAAAACCUUUACAAAGCAAAGUAACGAAAAUUUCAAAAGGGACAUCGACAUCGUUGACAACAGUCAACCAAGUGGUGCCAGGAUAUGCGUUACACUUUGGGGACAGCAGGCACAAGAAUUCGACUGUAACAAUGGCACGAUUUUAGCCAUUAAGGGAGCACGUGUCGACGAGUUUAACGGAAAGAGAUUGACCAUCAUAAAUUCACCCGAGAGAUCGACCAUCAUAAGAAAGGACCCGGAUCUUCCGGAAGCACGCGUAUUACUCGAAUGGUACAGAAGCUAUUGGUCGAAAUUCAAUUGUACGUUCCGCACGAUUCGGGAACUGACCGAAGCGACACUGGGCAUUACGUCGAACUUUUUUAAGGUGAUGGCGAUCAUUGAUUCAAUUCAUAUAGAGAAUUGUAUCUACAAGGCGUGCCCUAAAGAUAAUUGCAAGAAGAAGUUGACCGAACUAGCUUUCGAGAAAUACAGAUGCGAUAGUUGCAAGAGGGAUUACUUAAACUUUAAGUACUGCCUGCUGUUGAAUAUGAUCAUAUCGGACAUAACGGGCAAUCAUCGAGUUACCGCCUUUGAUGAAGUGGCUGAGAAGAUAUUGGAGAUAUCGGCUCAGGAAUUGGUCAGAUUGAAGGAGAACGAUAACAAUGCCUAUAUACGGAAAAUUGACGAGGCGGUACUGAAAAGAUAUACGUUUUACCUAAAGGGGAUAGCGGAAGUUUUUCAUGGCCAAAGAAGACCAAAGUAUACUUGUAUAUCGAUCGAGCCGUUAAAUCAUCAUAUUUAUUUGAUGUAUUUUCUACAAAAAAUUAAUGAACUCUUACCGAACUAAAUUUUGAUCACAUAAGACUCAACGUGUUUUGAGAAGGAAGAUACGUUUGAAAUUUUACACAGAAAGAUCCCG